CGCUGCUGGAGUAAAGCAAUUACAGAACCUAAAAAAAAGAAGGCACAGAUGCGGGUGGUGCGCCAGGAGGGGCAUAAACUAGUGUGUGGUCACGAUUAACGACGCAAAAUAGUUCGUCAUGACCUGAAUCGCGUUGGAAUUUCUCUGGUGACGUGAAGCGGAUUAUCUUUACGCCACGCGAGGCGUUUAUUACCACUAAAGUUUCAAGUUUGCACCUCGAACGGACGGCAAGAGGUGCUUUUUUAAAAACGUCCCGUGCACCCUUAACUUGCUCUUGCAGCCGAGGCAUGUGAAAGAGAAUGAGAUCUAUUGGAUGCCCGCGUUUCUCCGUGAGCUCAGCGACGGACUCCGGCUGCUCCAAAUCAUUGCGCGCGGCGCACCGACUGAAUCCAGACGCUCGUUCGCGGCUGUUGUCCAUCUGAGGGCUUUCGGCGUCUUUUAUGAGCGCUUUAACAAUCGAAGCAGCCGAUUCGACGCGUUUGGACAGGUGCGGUUGUGCUGGAUUUUCGCCUUCGGCACCACGGCUGCGGACAGCUCCCGUUCCCCCCCUCCGUGACGCGCGUCUGGAUGGCCGCUGCUCCGUCGCUCCUCUGAUCCGCUCCGUUCGAGAUGGCAUCACACGGCUUUUGGUUCCUGGGUGCCGAAAACGCGUCUGGAAACGGCAGCCAGAGCCCGAACACUCCCAGAGCAUGGUGUCAGGCGGCGGCCCAGAAAUUCACCGGAGGCAUCGGCUCCAAAUUAUGUGCUCUGUUAAACGUCGGGGAGGCUGAGAAAGCGGCUCAAGCCCCGGUGAAAGCGGAAGAUGGGUCUACAGCCGAGAGCUGCGGCUGCAACGAACCCUGCAACUGCCCCAAAGCCGCCGUGUGCUUCUCUGAUCUCUAUUCAACAGAUCUUUUACCCGCGCUGGAUGGGGACGCGAAGACUAUGAAUUUUCUGCAGGAGGUUGUGGAUAUCUUGCUGGCUUAUAUAGUGGAAUCCUUUGACAGGUCGACGAAAGUGAUCGAUUUUCACUAUCCGAACGAAUUGCUCCAAAGGAAUAACUGGGAGCUUUCGGACGAACCCGAGACUUUAGAUGAUAUUCUGAUCAGCUGUCGCGCCACGCUAAAAUACGCCAUAAAAACCGCACACCCCAGGUAUUUCAAUCAGCUCUCCACUGGGUUAGAUAUGGUUGGCUUGGCUGCCGAUUGGCUAACGUCCACUGCCAACACCAAUAUGUUCACCUAUGAGGUGGCUCCAGUCUUUGUGCUGUUGGAAUACGUCACGCUGAAGAAGAUGAGGGAGAUCAUUGGCUGGCAGGACGGCCGCGGUGAUGGAAUAUUCUCCCCGGGUGGUGCCAUUUCCAACAUGUAUGCCAUGCUGCUGGCUCGCUAUAAAAUGUUCCCUGAGGUGAAGGAGAAAGGAAUGUCCUCUGUACCAAGACUGGUGGCCUUCACAUCUGAACAUAGCCAUUUUUCAAUCAAGAAAGGAGCAGCCGCACUUGGGAUCGGUACAGAAAGUGUCAUCUGUAUUAAAGCAGAUGAAAGGGGUAAGAUGAUUCCUUCCGACCUUGAAAGAAGGAUUAUCGAAGCCAAGCAGAAGGGAUACGUGCCGUUCUUUGUCAGCGCCACUGCCGGCACCACGGUUUAUGGAGCCUUUGAUCCUCUCAUGGCUAUUGCGGACAUCUGUAAGAAGCAUGAUGUCUGGAUGCAUGUAGAUGGCGCAUGGGGCGGAAGUUUGCUAAUGUCCCGGAAACACAGAUGGAAGCUGAAUGGAGUCGAGAGGGCUAAUUCUAUGACCUGGAACCCUCAUAAAAUGAUGGCUGUGCCCUUGCAGUGUUCAGCUCUGCUGGUUCGAGAGGAGGGGCUGAUGCAGAGCUGCAAUCAGAUGCAGGCCUGUUAUCUUUUCCAGCAGGACAAGCACUAUGAUCUGUCCUAUGACACAGGGGACAAAGCGCUGCAGUGCGGCCGCCAUGUGGACAUCUUCAAACUAUGGCUAAUGUGGAGAGCUAAGGGUACUAUUGGUUUUGAGGCUCAGAUUGACAAAUGUCUGGAGCUUUCUGAGUAUCUCUAUAACAAGAUCAAGGACAGGGAAGGAUAUGAUAUGGUGUUUGAUGGAAAGCCUCAGCAUACCAAUGUGUGUUUCUGGUACCUUCCACCGGGCGUACGCUACCUGGAGGACAAAGUGGAGAAGAUGAAGCGUCUGCACAAGGUUGCCCCUGUAAUCAAAGCCAGAAUGAUGGAGUAUGGAACGACCAUGGUGAGCUACCAGCCGCAGGGAGACAAGGUCAACUUCUUCCGUAUGGUCAUCUCCAACCCAGCUGCUACCUUUGAAGACAUUGACUUCCUCAUUGAAGAGAUCGAGCGACUGGGACAGGAUCUUUAAAAACUUAAGACGCCAAAACCCGUUAUUCUUGUGUCCCUGGAUGGAUCGAAUAUUUGUUGUGAAUGUAAGGGUAAAUCUUUGAUUCCUCUUCUCCAAAGUCAUAUAAAGAUAGUAUGAGUUAAAAAAGACAAUAUGAAAAUAUCUAGACUUUAGUAUUGUAGCGUUGUUGUGGGCUUCGUGGUCCAAAGCCCUGUAAAAGUGUUACCGUCUGCUUUUACUGUCUAUCUUAGUGUCUUUGACAUGACUUUGUUUGUUUACAUGUGUUUAUUGGGAAUAUGAAGAGUUACUUGCUUCUUCUUCAGUGCAGGUCCUAAGUUUCUAUUUGAACAGUUAUUCAAAGUGCCAGAUUACAGACUAUAUUAUAAUAGUAGCAAGAUAUUAUCCACUUAUUAAACCACUUCAUCGUACCUAAAGCUUUUGUAUUCAGAGACAACAUGUAACUUGUAACAUGUUUCGUCAAUUUCUCAAGAUACAGAACCGUAGGAAGAGUUUCAACCAACUGUGUGGAUAUGAAGUUCAUAUAUAGUUUAAAUUAUUUAUAAUUCACGUAGUUUGGUCAAAAACGCAUUUGGUCAUAAAUGACAAAAAUUUGGUCACAGCAGCGUAUAAUAUUUGACCAAAUUAAAAUGAGGAUAAUAAAAAAAUCUUACUAUAAAAACAAAGUAAUCCUGUUUGCAGGAAACAAAUGCUCUUUAAAAUGGGAAUUUGCCUUCUCUAAUAACAUGUGCAAUAUACUAACAAUAUACUUUAUUUCUUUACUUGGAAAUUUAGAAUUUAAAUACUUAAUACUUUAAACUAAAUACUUGGAAAAGUGCAAUACAAUUGAAUGACAGUUGGUUUUGGAAACCUCUAGGUAGAUGUUCACUCUUAAGCAAACAAAAUAAAAAAAGAUUUUGUUUUUUCGACGAUGUUCCCUGGAAUGAAACGAUAGUACGUGCAUAUUAAGUACUGUAUUAAAUGACAAAUUUAGUUUAUAUAUGUAGUAAAACACUUUCCAACAUAAUAGCAAUAGAUUUCUUAAUUUACCGAUCCAUUCGUGUACUUAUUUAGCUUUCUUAUACGAAAUGAUAGAUAUUUCAGGGUAUAUUAACAGAGCUAAAUUUAAUGUUAUGUAUAAACUCCAAAAAGAAAAUAACACGUAAGCAUAAUUAGGGUUCUGCCCUAUGAUAGUAUGUAAAUAAUCUUUUAAGAUGUUCUUGAUCAAGUACAUAUCUAUGUGAAUACAUCACUGUAUUGUAUAUAAGGCAGAGUCUAUUUGUGUGGUAAAUAAUAUUAUUUUCUCUAUUCGACAGAUAUUUAAUCAUAAAUGGUAGAUACAUUCUGCUUGUGUGUGCGUGUGUCAGAUGUGUUGAAUAUGAUGAAUUAUGUAACUGCAAAGAUGAAGGAUCUGGCUUUAAGUCCACUUGAAGCCUCUGCAUUUUACCAUAGUAACUCGAAAUGAUUAUUAUAGCACAUUUCGGUGAUUAUGAGAGCCAUUUCUGAACCAGUGCUGGUUGUAUUCGUGCCCAAGUGAUAAACUUGACAUCCUGUGCCGAUUUGUAUUUUUGUGUGUUUGUAACUGUAUUGCCUUAGUAUUAAUUGCCAGUAUUGUCUAGUUCUCCUAAAGAGGAGCUUGUGCACUUUAGCUUAUAUGUAUGAUGAUCUGUCCAAUGGAUGUUCUUAGUUUGAUGUUUUAUGAAACUGAGCGUUGUCUGAAUGUGUCCCAGCUUGGAUGUCCGUUCGAGAUGAGAGUUGCUUAUAGCUGAAUCCUUUGUAGAUCUGCUAAUGCUACAUUACUGCCUGCAUCCUGUAAUAGUCAGCCCUGCUGAAAAACACAAGCGGACCCGGUCGAAUAUGGUUUGAGAUUGGUCUUAGAGUGUGUUUCCCAAAAGCAUCUUAGCUUGAACGUAAUUCGUCGGGAACCGGCAGUUCGGCAUUUCCCGAAUCCAUCGUUCCAACAAACAUUGGCAAACAGCAUUUUGUGAUCAAAACCACCAACCUUCUCACAUUCGUACAUAUUUUACGAGGCGACUAAUUCAUAUGAAUUAGUACAACCUCACUCGAACAUGUUUGCAAAAUCGUACGUAUUUUUAAGUUUUACGCACGACGUUUAAUUAUCACCUGCUAACCAACAGUUCUAACCAAUGUUAGCGUUUAAAAAAAACACAAAAACUCACGACUGGCUACUUUCUAUAAAUAUACAUCGUACUAAGGUGGUUGAGUUAUUUCUUUGUACAGGAAACACACCCCCUGGUCAGGCAGGAAGACCAAAUUAAACCAUUUAAUCCGGUUGGUUACGAAAAUUAGCAAUGGUUUUAUUAUAGUAAAAAUGUUGCUUUUUGGCAGAUCGAAUUGUUUGAUGACAGUUUUGCUGUGGUUAAAUUGCGAUUAAUGUUGCAAACCCAUACUGUGUUUUUUUAAUUAGUUUUUAUUUGUAGUAAAACCAUAGUUAAUUUUCAUAAGGGUAAUGCUAGUUUUUCGGCAUGGAAGGAAUGCUAACUUGGUAAUUUUCGAGAUAUAAGUGUUCUUUCUGUCCUUUUUCAGGAUCGACAAGCUGCGUCACAUAGUUUAUGUAUUUUAAGCGCUUGUAUUCAUGACAAAUGCAUCGACAUCCUCACCGUGGUAGUCUUGGAACGCCCACUGUGCCGUCUUUCCCCCGCUGCUGCUACAAACCUGCUCUCUUUGCACGUGCAUGAACGCCUUGCCUUCCGAGCUUGUGAAAUACAAUCCCAGAUAUCCACAUAUAUAUGUAUAUUUAGUGCAACCCGGUGUUAGUUUUAGUGGCAAUAUGGAUAGCUUAGCUUCGAAUAUAUAGUACACUGUCGCUAGCUUGCUCACUCUGUGUUAGCAUUAUCCGACGUAUUUAUCUGCUAAGCAAGCAUGUUCUGUGUGGCUAGAAGUUGUAUGCUUUCGCGACCGUAUAUCUCUAUCUUUCUCUCUGUCUUUCGCUUUGGUUGUUUUCCGCAGCUUUAAUAUUAGCGUGUGUAGUUCCUUGGCAUGCCUCUAUAUAAGCAUAUUCAAAGUCUCGAUGUCUCUCUAUCGCACUCUCUUCUACCUGCGUCUCUCUUUCUCUCGCUCUGCCCUGUAGCAGCUCUCAGACCUUUAAGAGCAGUGUUUUUUCCCUGCUGUUUCACGGCUACCCAUCACGUCCAUCAGUUUGUCGUAUGAGGAACUCGCGUGUUGUCAUGAACCUGACCGAACAGGGUAAACACCAUGUGACUGAGUGAAUUCACGUUUUUCUUUCUCACUCAACAUUGCUUGAAAGUAAAGUGAUUGUCUGAGGAUCUGAUGUUCAGAAGACGGUAACAACUAGUGUGUUGAAAUGAUUUAAAGCGAGGCAGAUAACAGACCCUCUUGAAAUGUGUUUUACUUUCGUGGGAAACACCAAUAAAUGUUACUGCCAAACGA